GCAGAUCGCCGAGGACCAGCGGAAGCGCCGCUAGCGCCAGGCAACGCUGGUGCCAGGGGCCGAGAUGCGCCAUGAUCGCUCUAUUUCUGCUUGAAUUACAAAUUAAUCUGAACCGGACGGGCGAUCUUGGCGCUUUCGCGACGGCGCACAAAAAUAACCGCGACUGAUUCCGAUUUAUUUUCGGGGGGUUAUUGACAAUGAAGCACAAUUCCUCUGAGCCCGCAGUUUCGGAUGCCAAGCGAGGGUGGGCAAGGAACCUCGAGAGGCAAGUGACUGCUGCCGCUAUUAGGCCUAGGCUCUAGUCAGCCUUUUCUCUUGACACUGCGCAAAUCUGGGGGACGAAGCGAACCAGUGAACUGCGUGCGCCUUGUCGGCAUGUGCGGCGUCGAGUGGAGCGACAAGCUGGUCGUGGAUCUCGUGGGCGUCGGGCCGAGAUGUGCUUGGUAGGGCGUCUGACGGCGCGGACUGUUGCAUGUCGCUGUCGAAAGCCCCACCGGACUUCGUAGCGGGUUGCCACACGGUAGGCGGGUUUGAUUUCCUUUGCGUAUCAAGUCGAUCGGCAGUAGUAGUCGAGACUUGUGCAAGCCGGAGAUGAAGAAGUUAUUCUCGCGCUUCGAGAGGAUCGACCAGGGCGCAGCUAGAGAAGCCAACAACUUCGUCGGCAAAGUUUUCACCGUGGGACGGACGACAGUCACGGUGGAGGACGUGAUAGCCGAAGGUGGAUUUGCGAUAGUGUUCCUGGUGAAGGGCCCCAAUGGAGUCCGCUAUGCCCUCAAACGAAUGUUCGUCAACGAGGAGCACGGCCUCACCGUCUGCAAGCGGGAGAUUCAGAUAGCGAGCAACCUGAGUGGCCACAAGAACAUCAUUGGCUUCGUGGACUCGGUCAUCAACCAUGUCGGCGGGGGUGUCUACGAGGUCCUCAUGCUGAUGCACUACUACAAAGGGCACGUGCUGCAGUUGAUGAACGACAAGCUGCACACAGGAUUCUCGGAGGCAGAGGUGCUCAAGAUCUUCUGCGACGUCUGCGAGGCAGUGUCGCGCCUGCACCACUGUCAGACGCCCAUCGUGCACAGGGACCUCAAGGUGGAGAAUAUCCUCAUCAGCGAUUCUGGGAACUAUGUGCUGUGCGACUUCGGGAGCGCCACAGCCAAGAACCUGAAUCCACAGGCCCAAGGGGUGGCGGCUGUCGAAGAGGAAAUUCUCAAGUACACCACGCUGGCUUACCGUGCUCCCGAGAUGGUGGAAUUGUACAGCGGGAAACUCAUCACCACCAAGGCAGACAUUUGGGCCCUGGGCUGUCUGCUGUACAAGUUGUGCUUCUUCAGCUUGCCCUUUGGCGAGAGCGUCCUGGCCAUCCAGAACGGAAACUUCACUAUCCCCGACAACUCUAGGUAUUCCAAGCAGCUGCAUUCCCUGAUACGGUUCAUGUUGGAAGUCCAGCCUGAGAAGAGGCCGGACAUCUUCCAGGUGUCCUACGUGGCUUUCACCCUGGCCGGCAAAGAGUGUCCUGUUCAGAACCUCCACGUCGUUAUUCCUAAAGAAAGAAGCACACUUCCUCCGAUACAAGAAGGCAACAACUCGCCAGUACCCAACAUCGAGCAGCUGCCGGUGCCGCAGUGGGAUGCCGAGAGCAGGCUGGCGUCCUCCAAGCCCCAGCGGAGCCAGCAGGUGCCCGUGUCGGAGGGGACGUCGGUGGCCCCCCGCCAGCGGCCCAAGGGCUCCCAGGCGCCCCCCGGGGUCGGGGGCCUGCCUUUGAUGCCCCAGGGGUCCGUGGCUCCGGCCCGGAGGCUGACCCCGACCACCCCGCAGCCCCUCGUGCCGCCGGUCACCCCCAACCCGGACUACGAGAACCUGCGGAGCCCCGUGGGGAGCGGCGUCCCCUUCCGAAGCCCGGGGGCGCCGGCAGGUGGGGCGCUGCUGCCGCCGCCCCCGCAGGCGUCUGCCUCGGCACCCCCUUCGGCAGUGGUGACACCCAGCCAGCCCGGCUCCAAGAUGGCCGCCACGUCCCUCGAGGCCUUCUUCGUGCCCUACUGCAACGUCGAGCCGCCGGGGUUUGCCGGCCUGGCCGGCAACAACGGGGCGGUGCCGGUGGCGCCCUCUCUGGGGAUGGCCACCAACGAGACCCCCGUGCCCCUGGUGGCGUCCGGGGGCAUUUCGGCCCUUCCGUCGAUGCCGCCUGCCAGGUUUGCAGUGGGCCUGGUGGUGCCCCCAGACGUAGGUGGCGGUGCGCCAGGUUUGGCGGAGUCCUUGGGGCCGACACCCCCCUCUUCGCCUACUCCCAGCCAGCGCAGCCACCACCGGCGCAACGUUAGCGACACCUCCGCCUUUGUCAAGCCCUUUGUGCAGGAGACGUCUCAGUUCCUGGCCCCCUUCGAGGUGUCCCAGGGCCGGGUCCCAUCCCCAGCCUCCGCGGACAACCCCUCGCAGCAUUGGAACCCAUUUGCGGACGACCGGAUGGUGGAGGACCACCUGUUUGGACAGGAGUUUGACAAGAUACGCCGGGGCUCCCAGAGCAGCAUCUCCAAUGUGAAGAGUCGCGAGAGUCUAGUCAUGAGCAGCGGAGACCUGGUGGACCCCUUUGGCGCAGCGCCCUUCAGCCGAUCCGGCAAGUCGGGCCGGGCCAGGAGUUCGUCUGCCAGGGGCGCCGUCCACGCGCCGCACGGGUUGGCCCUGCCGCAUUCUGGAGGUACGGCGGCGCUCGAAGAAGACCACGGCGACCUGCUGGCGCCCAGGGCACGCCACUGCAGCGAGCACUCGAGCACCUCCCAGGAGAGCCGGGAGGCCGCGGUGCCCCCCACGAUCUUUGGAACGUCCCCAUUUGCGAGAGCGCCCCCCGAAGACCGCUCCAAGUACGAGAAGCUCCUGGACGACGUGGAGGAGGACGCAACGGCGAGGGCGACUGGCCACAAGCAGACGCGGCUGCUCUCGGCCGAGGAGGACAAGGACUCCAUCGGCUCUGCCAGCGACCUCCAGGCCAGGGUGGAGCUGAGCGAGGAGGAGGAGGUGGACCUCGCCGGGAGGCCCGAGAGGCCCGAGGCCAAGGAGCGUCCCCGCAGGGCACCGUGCGAGGGCGCACCCCACGAGGCGGCCAGAGGGUUCCCGGACGCGUUCGUGGGGCACGCCGAAGGAGAGCGGCCCCUGCUGGAAGACGACCAGCUGUCGGACGCGGAACCCAAGCCGGCGGCGGACGACCUCGCAGUCCUCGUUGCCAAGACCCUGCCGCCCCCGCCCAAGCGGGAGCCUGCCACGGAGGGCCCGGCGCCCGUGGACAUCUUCACCGAGGCCCCGUUCCGCAAGCCCCGGCCGGGCAGGAGGUCGUCGGAUAGCAACAGGCCGACGGCGGCCGCGUUGCUCGCGGAGAUCAGGCAGGGGCGGGCACCACCCCACGACUUCCCCGCGGACUACCGGAGGCUCGCGACGCACGCCAACUCGGAGGGCGAGCUUUCGAGGGGGCUGCCUUCCGCCGCCGCCGACCUCUUCGGCGCGGCGCCCUUCGCGCAGCCGCCCGGCGCCGUCGACAACGGCGCGACGGCGGAGCUUGGAGCGGCGCUCCGUCACAACUCGGUCGGGGUGGUCCUUCCGCCGCCCCAGCCGGAAGUGCCGACGCGCGCCCUCAGCCACCAGGACCUGUUCGGGGCGGUGCCGUUUGCGCUGGACAACGGGAGCGUCCUUGGGGAGGCGGACGGGUCCCCGGACAGCCCCGCCGGCUCUGAGGAGGGAGAGGAGGGUGCCCUGCACAGGUUCCGCAAGGAGCGCAACCGGCGCUACCAGCAGCUGCGGACGGAGGAGGACGUGGCCAUGACGGAGGACCUGGUGGAGGCCCGGGGCAGGGUCGCGGCCGGCCGGCGCAGGAAGAACGCCGACAAGGCCACCAACGCCUUCUCCAACCUGAGCUUCGAGGACAUCGGCAGCGAGGAGGACGCGGGUCCGGCCUUCCUGCCCGACUUCCGGGCCUCGGCCGUGGGCAAGUGAGGCUCCCCCCCCCCGGCCCUCUACGAGAAGCGAGAUGUGAUAGUACAUAUUGUACAUUUGCGAUUAUUAUUACUCUUAUUAUUAUUAUUAUCGCCGAAAUGGGGCAUCUAUAUAAAUAUAUAUAUAUAUAUAUAUAUGAUAUAAGCGCGAUUUUGUUAUUAGCCGACAUCUUCCAUUGUCUGAUUUUGAGGCCCGCAAGGAGAGAUGCGCGAGGCGGCGUCUCCGGGUCGGUUCAUCCUGAGUGUAAUAAAGUUUACAUGGUGGCUCAAGUAAUGAGGGGGGGGCAAAAGGUUAUUCUGGGAGCUCCUGUGGUGCUUUCGCUGUGACUAGAAGAGCUGGUGCUACGGCAAGUCCGGGUCGGUCGAGAGAGAAGCUUCUAGACCCCCUCGGACGACGAGUGCCGUGGGUGUCGCUGCCAAACGGUACCGGCUCGCUGCGUCUAAAUAAGAUGCCAGGGACUGCCUCGAGAGCGCGUGCUUUUCGGUAUGCCACCGAUCGUAUUUAUGAAUCGUUUCGAAUGAGGAAUGUGAAAGUUGUUGAAAAAGCAGUUUUUGUUAAAUGUUUCCAAGUUUUUUAUAUUUAUUUAUGUGUCCGUUAAGAAUGUGUUGCAGGUUCGGAGUACUACAUUGCAGUUUUCCUCGUUCGAAGGCAAAGGACAACUCGUAAAUGCAGUCACGGCACGUCGCGUGUCUUAUUUUGUGUGGAAGAUUUCUCUGUAGAGAAAAGAGGAUGACUAAUAUCUAAAUGAAGAAUUAUGGGUCUACAAACCUUGUCUAUAUCGUAUAGGAACACAUUUGCUAUAUGUUUUAUAGAUUAGUUGUAGGUAUUUAAUAAUAAAAGGAAUGCAGUAAC